UAUUAACAGACUGGUCAUGUGACAUUUACGUAGGCACUGUGGCGUCAAUUAUAGUCGACAACAGGGCAAAUGGCAGCCUGUGAUGGAUAAAAAACAUUUCUGUUGCAUUUAUAGUCCAUAAACAGUGGGGCCAAACGCCACCUAUUAAUUUUUUAUGUGGCUUCUGCUUUAAAGUUGUUAUUACAAGAAAUAUGUCGUUCGUACUACCGAGGCACACCUGUACGGUAUUCGUUGUACGUGUUGAGCGAUGCUUCGACUGUCCACGCAUGCGCAUUUGUUACAGCGGGGACUAGACAUUCGGUCAUAGGAGAGGAGCUGCGGCGGCGGUACCGGAGGAGGAGGCGGUGGAUGUGGGGUCGUUCUGUGGAGGGGGGCGGCGCUCGAGCCACGUCGGUGAAACAAAAUCCUCAUCGCUCGACUGCAAACACGAUCCCCGCAGCAGGAGACCACUGCAAUGUCCACCCCGGAUCCCUCCAUGGGAGGUAAUCCCCGCCCGGGUCCGUCCCCCGGUCCAGGUCCCUCUCCCGGGGCAAUGCUGGGCCCAAGCCCAGGACCUUCUCCAGGUUCUGCUCACAGCAUGAUGGGACCAAGUCCCGGUCCUCCUUCUUCUGGACUCUCCCAGCCGGGCCCGUCUGGCUACAGCCAGGACAGCAUGCACCCCCUGCACAAACCCAUGGAGAGCAUGCAUGACAAGAGCGUGAGCGAGGAGAGUCGUUUCAAUCAAAUGAAAGUACUGACAGUGAGGCCGGGCGGGCACACUGGUAUGGGUCCCCCACCCAGUCCCUUGGACCAACACUCACAAGGUUAUCACUCUCCAUUAGGUGGUUCAGAUCAUUCAAGUCCAGUCCCUUCCAACGGUCCUCCAUCUGGACCUCUACUUCCAUCCUCCUCCUCAUCUUCCUCUUCAAUUGGCCCCGGCUCGGCCCCUACGCCUUUAGAAGGCCCUGGUGGCGAUCAGCACUCCCUGGGCCCCGCCAACCGACCCGGAUCACUUGGUGGUUCAGGGCCAGGACCAAGCCCCGGACCGAGCCUCGGCGCCACUGUCCCCACCCUCGUGUCAGGCCUUGAAUCCGGUGGCCUGUCUGGACCCGGUGGCCCCACUCCUUUCAACCAGAGCCAGCUGCACCAACUCAGAGCUCAGAUCAUGGCCUAUAAGAUGCUGGCCCGAGGUCAGCCCCUGCCAGACCACCUCCAGAUGGCCGUCCAAGGGAAAAGGCCUAUGCCUGGCAUGCAGCAGCCCAUGACGAGCUUAACCCCAGGAGCUGGGCCACCGGGACCAAUGAGUUCAGGCUAUAGUCGUGCUCACGGAAUGAUGGGCCCCAAUAUGCCUCCACCAGGUCCAUCAGGCCCAGCAGUAGGAAUGCAAGGACAAAACCACAAUGGACCUCCCAAGUCCUGGCCUGAAGGCCCAUUGGUGAAUGCUGCAGCACCGUCCAACGCUCCCCAAAAGCUGAUCCCGCCUCAGCCCACGGGACGACCCUCCCCCGCCCCUCCCUCGGUGCCCCCCGCGGCCUCCCCCGUCAUGCCUCCUCAGACGCAGUCUCCGGGGCAGCCGGCGCAGCCUCCUCCCAUGAUGCCUUACCACAGCAAGCAGAGCCGCAUCACCCCCAUCCAGAAGCCCUGCGGCCUGGACCCUGUGGAGAUCCUGCAGGAGAGGGAGUACAGGUUGCAGGCUCGCAUCACGCAUCGCAUCGCCGAGCUGGAGAACCUGCCAGGCUCUCUUGCCGGAGAUUUACGUACCAAAGCAACUAUAGAACUCAAAGCGCUACGACUGCUUAACUUCCAGAGACAGCUGCGACAGGAGGUGGUGGUGUGCAUGCGCCGUGACACGGCUCUGGAAACGGCGCUGGAUGCCAAGGCCUACAAACGCAGCAAACGCCAAAGCUUGAGGGAGGCUCGCAUCACAGAGAAACUGGAGAAACAGCAGAAGAUCGAACAAGAGCGUAAGCGCAGGCAGAAGCAUCAGGAGUAUCUCAACAGUAUCCUUCAACAUGCCAAAGACUUCAAAGAGUAUCAUCGGUCCAUCACGGGCAAAACCCAAAAGCUGACCAAAGCCGUGGCUACCUAUCACGCCAACACCGAGAGGGAGCAGAAGAAAGAAAACGAGCGCAUCGAGAAAGAGCGAAUGAGGAGACUCAUGGCCGAAGACGAGGAGGGCUACCGUAAACUGAUCGACCAAAAGAAAGAUAAGCGUCUGGCCUACCUUCUGCAGCAGACCGACGAAUACGUCGCCAACCUCACCGAGCUGGUCCGCGCGCACAAGGCUGCGCAGGCCCUCAAGGAGAAGAAGAAGAAGAAGAAGAAAAAGAAGAAGAAGAAGUUGGAGAGUCCAGAAGGACAGACUCCAGCUUUGGGGCCUGAUGGAGAGCCUCUGGAUGAGACAAGUCAGAUGAGUGACCUGCCCGUGAAGGUCAUCCACGUGGACAGUGGCAAUAUCUUGACCGGGGUGGAUGCUCCGAAGGCGGGGCAACUGGAAACGUGGUUGGAGAUGAACCCUGGGUAUGAGGUGGCCCCACGCUCUGAUAGUGAAGACAGCGAAGAUGAAGAGGAGGAAGAAGAAGAUGAAGAGGAGCAUCAGCCUUCAACUGCACUGACAGAAGAAAAGAAGAAGAUAAGUGACCCUGACUGUGAGGACGUGUCGGAAGUGGACGUGCGGCACAUUAUUGAGAACGCCAAACAGGAUGUGGAUGACGAGUACAGUGGAGCGGCGUUUGCCCGGGGACUUCAGUCUUACUACGCCGUGGCUCAUGCCGUCACCGAGAAGGUGGAUAAGCAGUCCACCUUAUUGAUAAACGGACAACUCAAACAAUAUCAGAUUAAAGGUUUGGAGUGGCUGGUGUCGCUGUAUAAUAACAACCUGAACGGCAUCCUGGCUGAUGAAAUGGGCCUGGGCAAAACCAUCCAGACCAUCGCGCUCAUCACGUACCUCAUGGAGCACAAGCGGCUCAACGGACCCUACCUCAUCAUCGUGCCCCUCUCGACUCUUUCAAACUGGGUUUAUGAGUUUGACAAGUGGGCACCUACAGUUGUUAAAGUGUCCUAUAAGGGUUCUCCAGCUGCCAGAAGAGCUUUUGUCCCUCAGUUACGCAGUGGCAAGUUUAAUGUCCUCCUCACCACCUACGAGUACAUCAUCAAGGACAAGCAAGUGCUAGCUAAGAUCCGUUGGAAGUACAUGAUCGUGGACGAGGGCCAUCGCAUGAAGAACCACCACUGUAAACUGACCCAGGUGCUGAACACGCACUACCUGGCGCCGAGGCGGGUUCUGCUGACCGGCACGCCGCUCCAGAACAAGCUCCCUGAAUUGUGGGCACUACUCAACUUCCUCCUGCCCACCAUCUUCAAGAGUUGCAACACUUUCGAGCAGUGGUUCAAUGCACCUUUUGCGAUGACCGGAGAGAAGGUGGAUCUCAAUGAAGAGGAGACCAUCUUGAUCAUCCGUCGUCUUCACAAAGUGCUCCGCCCCUUCUUGCUGCGCAGGUUGAAGAAGGAAGUGGAGGCCCAGCUUCCAGAGAAGGUAGAGUACGUGAUCAAGUGCGACAUGUCGUCUCUCCAGCGAGUGCUCUACAGGCACAUGCAGGCGAAGGGCGUUCUGCUGACCGAUGGUUCUGAAAAAGACAAGAAGGGCAAAGGAGGCACCAAAACUUUGAUGAACACCAUCAUGCAGCUGAGAAAGAUCUGUAACCAUCCAUACAUGUUCCAGCAGAUUGAGGAAUCAUUCUCCGAACAUUUAGGUUUCUCUGGUGGUAUAGUCCAGGGUCUCGAUCUGUAUCGAGCUUCGGGAAAAUUUGAAGUGUUGGAUCGGAUCCUCCCCAAAUUGCGAGUCACAAACCAUAAAGUGCUGCUCUUCUGCCAGAUGACCUCACUCAUGACCAUCAUGGAGGACUACUUUGCCUACCGCAGCUUCAAGUAUCUGCGUUUGGAUGGCACCACAAAGGCCGAAGACAGAGGAAUGUUACUGAAGACCUUCAACGAGACAGAUUCGGAAUAUUUUAUCUUCCUCCUGAGCACUCGAGCAGGUGGCCUGGGCCUCAACCUGCAGUCUGCCGACACCGUCAUCAUCUUUGACUCGGACUGGAACCCGCAUCAGGACCUGCAAGCCCAAGACAGAGCUCACCGCAUAGGGCAACAAAACGAGGUGCGCGUGCUGCGCCUGUGCACAGUCAACAGCGUGGAGGAGAAAAUUUUAGCCGCCGCCAAGUACAAACUCAACGUAGACCAAAAGGUGAUCCAGGCCGGAAUGUUCGACCAGAAGUCGUCCAGCCACGAGCGCAGGGCCUUCCUGCAGGCCAUCCUGGAGCACGAGGAGCAAGACGAGGUCUGGGGACAAGAAGUGUGUCUACGGAUUAAUGAGGAGGACGAGGUCCCUGAUGACGAGACGGUCAAUCAGAUGAUCGCCAGGAGCGAGGAGGAGUUUGAUCAGUUCAUGCGCAUGGACCUGGACCGCCGGCGCGAAGACGCCCGCAACCCGCGUCGCAAACCUCGUCUAAUGGAGGAGGACGAGCUGCCGACCUGGAUCAUGAAGGACGACGCUGAGGUGGAGCGGCUCACCUGCGAGGAGGAGGAGGAGAAAAUGUUCGGACGAGGCUCUCGCCAGAGGAAAGAGGUGGACUACAGCGAUUCGCUCACGGAGAAGCAGUGGCUCAAGCAGGCCAUCGAGGAGGGCACCUUGGAGGAGGUGGAGGAGGAGGUGCGGCACAAGAAGACCACUCGGAAGAGGAAGCGAGAUCGAGACCCGGACCUCCCCGUGCCCUCGUGCUCCUCGGGGGGGAGAGGACGUGGGGACAAAGACGAAGAUGCAAAGAGGCAGCGAAAAAGGGGGAGACCGCCUGUUGAGAAGAUAUCCCCCAAUCCUCCUUCCCUCACCAAGAAGAUGAAGAAGAUCAUUGAUGCCGUCAUCAGAUACAAAGAAGGCACGAGUGGACGUCAGCUCAGCGAGGUCUUCAUCCAGCUGCCAUCUCGCAAAGAGCUGCCUGAAUACUACGAGCUGAUCCGCAAGCCGGUGGACUUCAGGAAGAUCAAAGAGAGGAUUCGAGGUCACCGCUAUCGCAGUCUCGGCGACCUGGAGAGAGACGUCAUGCUGCUUUUCCAGAAUGCUCAAACCUUCAACCUGGAGGGAUCCCUGAUAUACGAGGACUCCAUCGUGCUGCAGUCGGUCUUCACCAGUCUGAGGCAGAAGAUCGAGAAGGAGGAGGAGAGCGAAGGAGAUGACAGCGAGGAAGAGGAGGACGAGCAGGAUGAUGAAUCCGAAUCAGAAUCCCGUUCAGUCAAGGUCAAGAUCCGACUGGGCAAGAAGGAGCGAGGCGGAGAUCGUGGAAAGGGACGCAGCAGACGAUCGGGACGCACUCGAGCCAAACCUGUGGUUAGUGACGAUGACUCGGAUGAAGAACAAGAAGAGGAACACUCGCUCAGUGCCACUGACGAAGAAUCCUAAAUGGCACCGUGAUGUAAGAAUGUAAACGAGAGGUGUGGUAGGAAGGAAUAUUCUGUCUGCUCUCACCGUUUCCGCACAUCGGUACAUAAAGCUGCCGCUCAACUUUUAAGAUUGAGAUAAAACUGAAGGUUUAAAUUCACAUGUUCAGUCAAUGACUUGGUUAUGUGUGUGUCGCUUUAUCUGCAAUAGCCUACAUUUAUUAGUUCAGUGAUAAGAGUA